UCAGUGUCGUUUAGAGAUGUGGCCGUGGACUUCACCCAGGAGGAGUGGCAGCGACUGGACAUUGCGCAGAAGACCAUAUACAGGGACGUGAUGCUGGAGAACUACAGCCACCUCAUUUCCCUGGGGCAGCCCAUUAUCAAACCGGAUGUUAUCACCAAGUUGGAACAAGGAGAAGAGCCAUGGAUAGUAGAUGGAGAAUUCCUACUUCCGAGUUAUCCAGAAGAAGCCCAGAAAGUUGAUGACAUGACAGAUGGAAUCCAGGAAAAUGAAGGUGAACUUUCAGGGCACACAGUGCCCCUCAGCAAGCCUGUGGUGGAAGAGAGAGGCAGUGUGCUUGUUAAGACGGUUAAUGUGGAAACAAGCCCUGAUCCUUUAAGAAGACUCUCUUAUAAAUGUGACUCAUGUGAGAAGAGUUUAACAUCUGUGUCAAGCUAUAUUAGUAGUGAUGGAAGCUAUGCAAGAAUGAAUCCCAAUCAAUGUAGUGGGUGUGGGAAGUCACUUCUCCAUGUUAAGCUUGAGAAAACUCAUCCAGUUGAUCAGUCUUAUGAGUUUAAUCAAAAUAAGGAACCUGAUGCUCUAAAUGAUGAGAGUGUUUACCAGAAAAUUCAUAUUAUGGAGAAACCUUUUGAGUAUAUUCAAUGCCAGAAAGCUUUUCAGACAGAGACAGUUUUCGCUAAUCACAUGGAGGAAAAACCCUGUAAGUGGAAUGAACCUGAAAUAGCCUUCCUGCAGAUGUCAAACUUAGGUGUCCAUCAGCGACCCCAUAUGGAAAUGAAACCUUAUGAGUGCAGCGAAUGUGGGAAAUCGUUCUGUAAAAAAUCAAAGUUUAUCAUCCACCAAAGGACUCACACAGGCGAGAAACCUUUUGUAUGUAAUCAAUGUGGGAAGUCCUUUUGUCAGAAGGGAACCCUCACUGUACAUCUACGAACACAUACAGGGGAGAAGCCUUAUGAAUGUAGUGUAUGUGGGAAAACUUUCUAUCAAAAGUUACACCUCAUUCAGCAUGAGAGAACCCAUUCAGGAGAGAAGCCCUAUGAGUGCAACUAUUGUGGGAAAUCCUUUUGCCAGAAGACUCAUCUCACACAACACCAGAGGACCCAUUCAGGAGAGAGACCCUAUGUGUGUCAUUACUGUGCAAAAACUUUCUCCCAGAAGUCAGCACUGAAUGAUCAUCAUAAAAUCCACACAGGCGUGAAACUUUACAAGUGCAACGAAUGUGGGAAAUGUUUCUGCCGCAAGUCUACCCUUACUACUCAUCAGAGAACACACACAGGAGAAAAACCCUAUGAAUGUAACGAAUGCGGGAAGUUUUUCUCUCGGUUGUCCUAUCUCACUGUCCAUUAUAGAACCCACUCAGGAGAGAAGCCUUAUGAAUAGAAACCCUAUGAAUGUACUGAGUGUGGGAAGAAGUUCUACCACAAGUCAGCUUUCAACAGCCAUCAGAGAAUCCAUAGGAAAGGUGAGAACAUCAGUGUGAUUGAUGUGGAAAGGCUUAUCUGA